AUGCCCGCUCCGGCUGCGUACGUGAUUGGUGCUGUCAGUGUCGUCGCUGCUUUUGCUGCCGCUUUAGCUUUCAAAGAGUUCGUCUAUGAGCCCCAUAUUGCUCCGCAGUUAGAGGCCUGGGCGACGUCGUAUAUAGAAAACCGUCGUCGUCGAAGGGAGCGCCACGGCCUUAUCCUAGUUCAAUCAUCCUCUGAGAACGAGCAUGGCGGUGAGAACCGGGCACGCAGGUCUAGUGAUAUUCGCAACACAAAUACCGAGCAGGAGGAUGGGACGUCAGUUGAGAUGGAGCAAUUCCCAACGGCGGAGGCAACCAGGCAUUGGGUUGCUGAGAGAAGAGAAGCCAACCUUCGUCGCAGGAGGACAGCCGGUAUGAUGGAUGAGUCCAACACUUUUGUCCCCUACAUUCCGAUGUCUCCAACCCACGUCAUUGUCGACACAACUGUGCCUCCAUCUCCAGCCACCCCGACGGAUACGUUUUCCAGGGCGAGCACUCCGGCUCGUUCUGCAGAUGUGGAAGAUAUUACGGGAUCUCCAUCAAGGCGUCUUUCUCCAGCUGCCCCGGAACUCAUACUUCGCCGCGAUGUGGAGCAAGGACCGCAUAGACUGCCCACACCGAUGUCUAUCUCCACAGUAUCAUCCCGUCCCACGUCUCCCUCCAACAUCGAAACCGCACAUCUGGCUCAAACCCACGAGUUGUCCCGAUCAUCCACACCUGAUGUUCCCGCCAUGUACAAUACCGCCUCGAUGGACCCGGUUCCUCACACGUUUGGCGAGGAAUUCGCAAGGCAGGGGUCGUUGAAUCCUGCUUCUCGUGUGAUGUCACCGUUCUCGGACAUCCACUCGGCCUCUGCACGCAGCCCCACGCUGAGCAGCCAGUCCGGCGUCAUGUCUCCCUACCCGCAGUUCUCGGCCUCGGAAUCCGAUUUCGAGAUGCCUUCGGAUGGGGAGGACGUCUUUUCGCCGCGCUCCGGGAUAUUUAGUCAUAGCAACGGCAGCCGUGGCAGUAACAGAAGCACCCGGGAUGAGUUGGUGUUUGACAUGCAGUCCGUGGAUGGAAGCGAGAUCUCAGGCUGGGCCAGCGUCGGGCGUCGCACUCCUGAGCCAUAA